UAUAUAGUAUAUAUAUAUAUAUUAGUAUAUACAUAUAUACUCGGCAAUAUGAACUCGAAGCGUAUGAAAUACACUACGCUGUCCAGCCCGACAGAUGCACCGUCCAAGGAGGAAAUUGUGCCAGUUAUCAUACAACAUGAAACUGACGACGUAGAUGGGAACGGGGAGACGACACAGUAUACAUAUGCCUAUACGACCACUGAGGACGACGAUACUGAAACGGCUGUGGUGACCCUAAGCGAUCGUGAUCACGAGGCGCUGGCCAAUGCUCAGGAGGUGAUAAUCGAUGAGAACGGGCAUGCCGUCACGCUGCAGCAGCUGGUGGAGAACAGCACCGUGGAGGAGGUGGAGACCAUUGAGCAGGGAGAUGGCACACACACCAUAUUGCACAUUGUGCCCAAUAUGGCCGACGAAGAGGAAGAUGAGGAGGAUGAUGAUGGGGAGGGCAUCGAGCACGAUGAGGACGAGAUAGUGGGUGUGGAACAGGAAGAGGGCGAGGAGCAGGAAGAGGAGGAGGAUGAAAUGGGCUCGAUUGUCUUCGAGGGCACCAUCGAUCACAGUCCUGAAUCCGAUUCGCAGUCACGCAAUAAGACUUUCUAUUGUCCCAAUUGCGGCAAUUGCUACAGUGCCGCCGGUUCCUUGAAGCUACACAUGCGCGCCUGUUUGCGCCAGCGCAACGAGGUCUCUGCCGAGGACCGCAAGUGCAAGGUGUGCAGCAAGAUCUUCAAUUCGGUUGCCUACCUCAAGGAGCACAUGAUGCGUCACACAGGCGAACAGCCGCAUCGCUGCACGCGCUGCUAUCGCAAGUUCGUCGACGAGGCCAAAUACAAUGCGCACAUGGACUCGCACAAGCAUCAGGACAAGCUGGAGGCCGAGGCGGAGGCAUUGGCCGCUCAGCACGGCGGCAAGAAGGUGGUCGUCAAGGAGUUCACCUGCUCCUUCUGCUCGCAGAACUUUACCGUUGUGUUCGAUGUGGGCCAGGUGAAGCGGCGCUAUGCCUGCGACGCUUGCCGCGACAAAUACUCAAAUGCCGAGGCAUUGCGCCAGCACAAGCAGCAGGUCGAGGAGAAGCGUGAGUUCAGCUGUGAGCGUUGCGGCCGCAAGUUCGUCUUUGAGGGCUUCCUUCAGCGUCAUCUGCCCACGUGCGAUGGCAGCAUCAAGCGCCGCCGCGACAUGAAGUAGAGGUGGCUGCAACGUGAUGGCAGUUGGCGGCGUCGGCGCAAAA